UGACGAUCGGGCAGAAAAUCAACAAUCAUGGCGAGCUCCAGAGGAGGAGGUGCGAUAUGAAAUAUGUGAAGCUUGUAAAUUAGUAUAUGUUCAAUGAAUAUUUAAGGCAUACGGUCACGAAGCCAUGCCUGACACUAAAGAAAUAUCAAACCUGGCUUACUCCAUUGAAAAGCAGCUUGGUGAAAACAAUCCCAACAAUAUAUUGGUUUUGCUAGAAGAUAUUGAAAAGGCCCAUUUAACAUUAGCACAACUGCAGGAAACCAAUAUUGUCAAGGCUUUGUAUCAUGUGCUCAGGACAUGCAGUGAUGUCUUUUUGAAAAGGAAAGCAAAAUCAUUAUUGUCGAAGUGGAAAAAACUCUUUAACAACACUUUACACCAGAUAUCUUACCAAAAUGAAAAUAAAUUCUGUGUUAUGGGAGAUGGCAUGCAAGACACACACACAAAUCCUGUAGGAAAAUCAUCUGACAGUGGAUCAGGGGACAUCAUUCAUAACAUUGGCAGUUCAGUUUGCACUCUUGUUCAUCAUCAUGAUGAGGUCUGCUUCACUUCUGAGCAGAAGUGUUUCCAUCCUGAGAAAAUGUUGUGUUCUGGAGUUAAAGAUGAAGAGAAUAAACAGCCAGUUGAAAACAUUUUAAAAGAUAGUGUGGUCUCUGCAUCUCAUCACAUUGAGUUGAUGUCACAAGCUAUAAUUCCAGCAGAAGCUCUACCUACUAUUAAUGAUGUCUCUACUAUGAAAUUUGAAAAUAGCCUAUUACGAUCUAAGUGUGCUGAGUUGAUCUUCCAGGCUAUUGCUUCCGAAGAGGCUGAUGUCACAAAAAUUCAAGAUAUGUCAAUAAAGAUUGAACAAAAUAUUUUUAACCUUCAUGGAAAUAAUGAUAAAAAGUAUAAAGCUUGCAUAAGAAGUAAAAUUGCUAAUUUAAAAAACCCCAGAACUCCUCACUUACGUCAAAGCUUGCUCUGUGGCCAGCUGAGCCCCAAGUCAUUUGCUGAGAUGUCUGUGGAUGAAAUGGCAUGUGACGAAUUGAAGCAACUUAGAGCUACAUACACAAAACAUGGCAUUAAUGAACACCAGAUUCCCCAGGGGGUUGAAGGAACAAGGACAAAUAAAGUGAAGUGCAGGCGGUGUGAAAACUUUGACUGCAGUGUGACUGUCAUUAACAGGGGCACUCUGUUCCUUCCAAGCUGGGUAAAGACAGGGAACCCUGAUGAACAGAUGAUGACGUUUGUCACAUGCAAUGAAUGUGGAGAGAAGUGGUACAAUAAUGGCUGGAUAUGUUUGUAGCCUUCACUGAAACAAGGCAAGAUAUGUUUAAUAUACAACAUAUUUUAAACUAUCUGAUUGUAUAAUAGAUUAUCCAUACUGUUAACAACUUAAAAGCACUAUAAAUGCAAUAAACAUAAGUGUUUGACUUAUAAA